AUGAUCUACACUCAAGUGAGAUUUCUCUCGCCACAGCCUGCCUUACGAGUACCGACCUCCUUUCGCUCCCACAACCAGCACAACCCCUUCUCCGACCAUGAAGCUAUCCUCUCUGUCACACCAUCUGCGAGCGCAGACGUGGGAAGCGUCAUGACGUCGUCCAAGAUCCUCCAAUGCCUGCCGGUAAUCUCAAUUGUCGUCACCGUCAAUAUGGCCUCGGAUCUGAAGCGAGAAAAGAUUGGCGACCAAUCGUUAUCAGACCAUGCCGAGACCGAUUACGCUCACUUGGACCAUCCAGGACGACCGUCCGAGGCCACGGCGGUUGAUGAGGAAGAGAGAAAGCGUCUAGAGGCUUCGCGCAAGCUGGAGAACCCUCUUGCUGGCUUCACGCCUGAACAGUUGAGUCGAAAAGGCGAGGACUACUGUCAACAACAUGGCAUUACCGACCAAGAAGACAUUCGGGCUUUUCGCCUUGGCGCCAUGAUCGCUGGAAAUAUGAACAAGUACGAUAGCAUGACGGAGAUCACUGCCGAUGAACGAGCAGUGCUUGACGGCGAGUCUACUCACAAGUGGCGGAACCCCAAGAUGCUCUAUGGCGUUGUUGCCGAGGCUGACCCUUUCCAAGUUUGUUCAUUCUGCGCUGUCGUCCAGGGUAUGGACGAGACUGUUGUCAAUGGCGCCCAGUCCUUCUACAAAAAGCAGUUCGGCAUCGGAGGAGAGACUGAGCGAGACACCUGGCUCCUUGGCUUGACAAACUCUGCUCCAUAUCUCUGCUGCGCCGUCAUCGGUUGCUGGCUUACAGAACCUAUGAACAAGCGGUUCGGCCGCCGUGGUACCGUCUUUAUCUCCUGUCUCAUCUCUGCCCUCGCCUGUUUCUGGCAGGCUUUCACCAAUACUUGGUGGCAUAUGUUCAUCGCUCGUUUCUUCCUCGGUUUCGGCAUUGGACCCAAGUCUGCCACCACUCCCAUCUUCGCCGCCGAAUCCUUUGGCAUUAUGAUGGGAUACGUUGCCGAUUUGGCUUUCUACUACGUGCCUGACAGAGGUGGUAUUGUCGGCCUUAACUGGAGGCUGAUGAUGGGCAGCGCCAUGCUACCUGCUGUUUUUGUCUGCGCAUGCUGCUACAUGUGUCCCGAGUCCCCUAGAUGGUACCUGACCAAGAACCGCCACUCCGACGCCUACAAAUCCAUGUGCCAGUUACGCUUCAAGAAGGUACAGGCUGCCCGCGAUCUCUUCUAUGCCAAUGCCCUUCUACAAGCCGAGAAGGAGACACAAGGCAUCGGUAAACACAACCGUUUCCUAGAGUUUAUUACGGUACGCCGUAAUAGAAACGGUAUGAUUGCGAGUCAGGUUGUUAUGUUUAUGCACCAAUUUUGCGGCGUGAACGUCAUAGCUUAUUACAGCUCUGAGAUCUUCCUGGCGGCCGAGUUCAGCGAAAUCGCCUGCAUCGCCCUGGGCAUCUAUCUCUUCGGCAUGGUCUAUUCCCCUGGCGAGGGACCGGUACCUUUCACUUACUCGGCCGAGGCAUACCCGCUGUACAUCCGCCCCAUCGGCAUGUCUCUGGCGACGGCCACGACGUGGUUCUUCAACUUCCUCCUUGCCGUCACCUGGCCUUCUCUUCAGGCGGCCUUUACGCCGACGGGCGCCUUUGGGUGGUAUGGCGGUUGGAACAUCAUCGGCUUCUUCCUGGUGUUGCUGCUCGUCCCGGAGACUAAGGAGAAGACCCUCGAGGAGCUGGACGCCGUGUUCAGCGUUCCACUGCGGACUUUUGCGCGGUACGGGCUCGCGCAGUUCUUCUACUUUUGGAAGAGGUACAUCUUUAGGCAGGACAUUAGCCCGCCUGCUGUGCCGCAUGCUGGAGGGGUUGACUAUCAUCGGGACUCGUUCAAGCAGGAGAAGCAGCACAACCCGACUGCUCGUGUUUAA